GUCGUCACUUCCGGCCGGGCCCCAGCUGGCGGCGGCGGCCGAGCAGGCGAGGAGUAGCAGAUCCCUGGCCCCCUGGGAAGUUGCCAGUACACCUGGGAGAAGGCCCCAUGCCCCUGAGUCCUGCCAGGGAGCAGAGUCCCCUGUCGGCAGUGGCCACAGCAUUUGGUCACCAGCUGGAAGAGAGGCGGCUGCGCGUGUACAUCUGGAGGGGCCGCUCCGCCCCAUCCCGUGUCUGGACCCCCUUUCAGAGGCCGAGGGGACCUGGAAGGGAGCGUGAGGACCGGACUUCCCAGCAAUGACCAGCUCCCCUGUCUCCAGAGUCGUCUACACAGGCAGGAGGAACAGCAGCCCCCGCUCUCCCCCGAGCAGCAGCGAGAUCUUCACCCCCGCACACGAAGAGAAUGUGCGCUUCAUUUACGAAGCCUGGCAGGGCGUGGAGCGAGACCUGCGGAGCCAGGUGUCCGGCAGUGAGCGGGGCCUGGUGGAGGAGUACGUGGAGAAGGUCCCUAACCCCAGCCUGAAGACCUUCAAGCCCAUCGACCUGAGUGACCUGAGGCGCCGGCACACGCAGGACGCCAGGAAGUCCUAAAGGGCAGCAGCGCCCCCACCCCGCCUCGGGGACACCGGGUGCCGCCUGAUACUGGGCUCCUCCUCUCCUGUGGUCCCAGCUCUGGCAGCGGGGAGGAGGCCACAGACCCUAGGACCAGGACAGGUGUGGCGAUGGCUGAGGCACGCCCCCCCUCCCCCAGCCCCCUCCUCUCCUUGGGGACAUCGGGCUGCCCCUGUCGCUGGAGGAGUCCUGGCCCUGCCAGCCCCUGCUCUCCCCUGGCCCGGCUGCUCCCGCCCAGGCCCUGACCCGACCCUCCUCCCCUUCCCACCACUCGCCACUCCCCCACCCCGGCCCCUGCCCAUGUCCAGGAUCAGCACAGUGAGGGGGACUAUUGUCUUCUGGGCCAGGUUUGUCCCCUGAGGUGGCCAGGAGGCAGGCCAAGGGUGACCCUUCCACCUAGCAAGGGUCCCCCACCUGUUACUCCUGCUUCUCUGGCCCAGAUACGUUGGAGCGUCUAGUCCCCCUGCCAGUCGUCCAGCCUGGCCCCUUCCCUGCGUCAGCCUCAGGGCAGCGCCAGCCGUCUGGACACUCCCCAAGGGAUUCUGGGCCGCCAGACCUGGCCCCUGUGUCUGGGGCUCUGGGGCUCCAGCAGCCCCCUUGGACAGGGGCAUGAGGCUGGCCUGAGCUGGUGCUGGGAGGGCCACCAGGGCCCUAUUCUGUGCCCUCCCAAAGCCCAGUGUCUGGACUGGCACCUGGGGACCAGUGAAUAAAGGCAGGUGGCACUGGA